CCCGCAGGAUGGUCGUAUAGGUAGAUAUACACUGGUAGAGACGUAUCGCUUGGCGCAUACCCGCCUGGUAAGUAAUCCAAGGGUGCGCACACAAAGCGUAGCGAAAUUCCUCGCUGCCCCUGGAGUGAAAAGAGUGAACAACAGGACAUGACAUUGAUAUUUUCCGACGGAGACGCAUCAGCCUGGCGCGCACUUAUCUGGUCGAUUGUCCAAGGAUGUGCGCGCAAGGUGGAGAGGCCAGCUCUUGGAAGUGAAGAAAUGCAUCAAAUUCACUUGGCUGGCCGCAGGCGGACCACCUGCAAGCUAGCAGUGCAGCCUGACGCGCCUUGGCGCGAGCGGCACACAUACUGAGGCGCGAGCGACACACAUACUAGCCUGAUGAUACAGGCUCCGCGUCGUGCUAAACACGGUGCGCCGACUCGUGCUCAUCGAUCUCCGCGCCCUGCUCCGACUAGUUGACCUCAACCUCCGCGUUGUGAAUGCCGCGCUGGGGUGUUGGGCCCCUGCCGCGGCCAAGACACUCGAGCCCCACCAGGCAGCCCAGCGCGACGCCGCAGACCAAGAACAAGAUCAACAAGAAGAAGAUCAAGACACCAGCGAAGACUGCAAUUAAUCCCCAUGGCUCGGUGGUGGCUGUGGUGUUUGACGUGUCCGAACUCGUGCUCGUAUCGGUGGUCGUCGUGGCCGUCUUGAUGGUGAUGGUAGUAGUGCUUGACGUCGCGGAACGCGUGCCCGUAUCGGCGGUCGUCGUGGCCGUCUUGGUGGUCGUCGCGGUGGUCGUCUCAGUUGUUGCCUCGGUGAAGUCGAGCACGUACGCGGAGCCGGAACUGUCGCCCUGGUCGUCCUCACGGCCACCGAGGAACCGAAAAAGUCGUAGGCGGCCCCAUCACUCGCCACAAGCUUCAGCAGCCUCUCGCCGGUGGCCCCGUCGAGCACGUACACGGAGCCGGAACCGGAGCCCUGGUCGUCGUCACCUCUGGCCCCCACCACCACGCGGGCCCCGUCGGAGCUCACGGCCACCGAGGAACCGAACAAGUCGUCUGCAGUCCCAUCACUCGCCACAAGCUUCAGCAGCCUCUCGCCGGUGGCCCCGUCGAGCACGUACACGGAGCCUGAAUUGUAGCCCUGGUCGCCGUCACCACAGGCCCCCACCACCACGCGGGCCCCGUCGGAGCUCACGGCCACCGAGGAACCGAAUUUGUCGAAGGCGGCCCCAUCACUCGCCACAAGCUUCAGCAGCGUCACGCCGGUGGCCCCGUCGAGCACGUACACGGAGCCGGAACUGGAGCCCUGGUCGCCGUCACCAUAGGCCCCCACCACCACGCGGGCCCCGUCGGAGCUCACGGCCACCGAGGAACCGAAAAAGUCGAAGUUGGCCCCAUCACUCGCCACAAGCUUCAGCAGCGUCACGCCGGUGGCCCCGUCGAGCACGUACACGGAGCCGGAAUUGGUGCCCUGGUCGUCGUCACCUAUGGCCCCCACCACCACGCGGGCCCCGUCGGAGCUCACGGCCACCGACUCACCGAACCAGUCGUCUGCAGCCCCAUCACUCGCCACAAGCUUCAGCAGCGUCUCGCCGGUGGCCCCGUCGAGCACGUACACGGAGCCGGACUUGUAGCCCUGGUCGUCGUCAUAUCUGCUCCCCACCACCACCCCGGGCCCGUUUGGAGCUCACGGCCACCGAGUAACCGAACAUGUCGAUUGCAGCCCCAUCACUCGCCACAAACUUCAGCAGCGUCUCGCCAGUGGCCCCGUCGAGCACGUACACGGAGCCAUGAAUAUUUGACGUAUAGUCUUCGUAGUAGUAGUAAACGGCCCCCACCACCACGCGGGCCCCGUCGGAGCUCACGGCCACAGACAUUCCGAACCGGUCGUUGGCGACCCCAUCACCCGCCAUGAGUUUGAGCAACUGCACGCCGCUGGUAGACAGGCGCCUCCCGAACUCGGCCUGCGGCUCGCGAGGGCGACCGCUCGCCGAGCCCUCCACCCUCGGGCGGGCCAGCGUCCCGCUCGCCGGCGACCCGGCGCUCGGGGCGCCGCGCGCUGCCAGCAGCAAGAGCAGCGCGCCGACGCUGUGAGACGUGCGCAGGCGCAUCAUGCCGUCUGCAGAUGUGCAGCGCUGAGCGGAACGAGAGACGCCAGAGGGGAGCCCUGGGAGGCCGGCGACGGCCCCUCGAAACCUUGAGCCAAAAUUGCGACCAGCCCCGAUGGCUUGCCCAAGACAUUCCUUGUUCGGAUUCACCGUCAUCAUAUGGUUACAGCAUCAUCAUUGCUCUUCUCUUUUA